AUGAUAAACCCUAGGAAUUUACGAUUGAUUAUUGCGGUCAUUGGGCUUGUUGGUAUAUUCGCAUUCUUUGCCAGUUCACAACAUUCCCUAGUUGACCGUACUGCUUUACAAGUUAACAAACCAGCAUCAAACUCACCAAAUGUUCCUCCUCCUCCUCCCGCUGCUGCUGUACCACCACCACAAAAGGAAAUGGAAGGAAACCAAAAACAAUUAGAGGACGAAAAUGGUGAUGAAAAAAAUACGUUACAAGGAACUUCUCAUACUGGUACGAAACCACCGUAUGAAAAAGUUGAUGGUAAAUCAAACAAAGUCUUGGCCGAUAAGCUAGACACUUCUAAGAACUCUAAACCAAAUCAACAACAACAACAGUACACCCAAAAGGGAGAACCAAAAGUAGAAGAGUCAUCUAAAAACAAAAUCACCGCCCCAGAAGAAGUGUCUAUGGAAAAUGGGAAAUGUAAUGACGUUGAUUAUGUUGUGAUGAUUGAUGCUGGUUCAACUGGAUCAAGAGUUCAUGUUUAUGAAUUUAAUACAUGUGUUAAACCACCGCAAUUAUUAAGUGAGAAAUUUGAAAUGUUAAAACCAGGUUUGAGUUCUUUUGAUACCGACACAGUUGGUGCUGCCAAAUCAUUAGAUCCAUUAUUAGACGUGGCUUUAGCUAAAGUCCCUAAAAAUAAACAAGCUUGUACACCUGUUGCUGUCAAAGCAACUGCUGGAUUAAGAUUAUUAGGAGAAGCCAAAUCUAAGGCCAUUUUGGAUGAAGUUAGAUCUCAUUUAGAAAAAGAUUAUCCAUUUGCGGUAGUUCCUGGAGAUGGUAUUUCUAUUAUGGAUGGUAAAGAUGAAGGUGUUUAUGCUUGGGUCACUGCCAAUUAUUUAUUAGGGAACAUUGGUGGUAAAGAAAAAUUACCAACUGCUGCUGUGUUUGAUUUAGGGGGUGGAUCUACUCAAAUUGUAUUUGAACCGGAUUACAAAGUUGAAGAAGUUCCAGUUGAUGGUGAGACCAAGUACCAUUUCACAUUUGGUGACAAUCAAUACACUUUAUAUCAAUUCUCUCAUUUAGGUUAUGGAUUAAUGCAAGGCAGAAAUAAGGUCAAUCAAUUGAUUUUGAAGAACAAGUUGCCAGAAUUGAAAUUACAAAAGUAUACCAAAAAGGAAAUUAAAGGUGCCAAAGCUAUUGUUGAAGUCAACAAUCCAUGUAUUCCACCUGGUGUUAUUGCAAAGGACGUUCAAGUUGAAUUAGGAGAAGAUGAGUUUUAUGUGGUUAACAUGAAGGGGCCAUCUUCAAAGGAUUCCACAUUAGCUGGUGGUUCUCAAUGCAGAUAUCUUGCAGAAAAGGUAUUGAACAAAGAUGCCGAAUGUACUUCAAAGCCAUGCUCUUUCAAUGGGGUACACCAACCAUCAUUAACCCGUACUUUCAACAAGAAUUCUGAUAUGUACGUUUUCUCAUAUUUUUAUGACCGUACUAAUCCAAUUGGAAUGCCAUCGUCAUUUAGUGUUGAAGAAUUGAAAGAUUUAAGUAAACUAGUGUGUCAAGGAGAAACUUUUUGGAAAGAUAUUUUAUUGGAUGAUCACGUUAAGAACUUGAAUGAAGAACCCCAAUGGUGUCUUGAUUUAUCAUUCAUAACUGCCAUGUUGCACACUGGUUAUGACAUUCCUUUACAUAGAGAAUUGAAAACCGCUAAAACUAUUGAUAACAAUGAAUUGGGUUGGUGUUUGGGAGCUUCUUUACCAUUGUUGGAUAAGAAUAAUGCAAAAUGGACAUGUAGAAUAGAUAAAACUGAAUAA